UUCCAAACACUGAUAAGCACGUGGAACAGAACUGGUAAUUGUAGACGUACAGCGAGUGUGGAAGCUUAACGCAGUAUUUCACAAAAUACUGAAAUACUAGCAUAUUUAAAUGGAUGAUUCUGAACAUCCCGUAAGUACAUGAAGCAAUAACACUGUGAAUGGGGUGCACAUUUUUGGAGAAAACCGGGGAAUCUGUUCCUGAUGCCAGUUGGCCAGAGAAUGGGGAUCAGUGGAGCGACAAAGGAGAAGAGGAGGAGGAUGAUGAAUGUGGACUACUGCAGGAAAUGGCUGAAGAGGAUGAGGAGAUUGAUCUCUACAAUGAGGAGACAUUUGGCUUAGAUGAAGCCACAAGUGGUGAUAAUCCAGCUGCUGACCCUAUGGAUCUCCUGCUGCUGUGUAGCGACAACUCCCCAACACCACAGUCUUCACCACCUCCACCUCCCAUAUCACCUUCCCCUCACAGUUCCCAUUCACCCUCCAGACCGGGAUCUCGCGUUUGGCCCCGCACUCCAACAGGCCGGUCUCAGAGAGGGAGAGCAGGUCGAGGGCAGCUGUUUGAUGACCCAGCUGUGGUGAAGACUGUGGAAGGUCGACCGAGCCUAAAGAGUCUUGAUAGUGCCAUUGUGGAUUGCAGCCUCAGCUCCUACUGGGAGGACCUCAAUUCAAAUACAUGGAUGAUAGCACCUCAAAAGUCCAGUAGGCCACCUGCGGCAUCUAUACUUCAGGACCAGGCAAUCGUGGGAGUCAUUGAUAGAUCAAGACAUAGCAGGGUUCCACCUGUGUCUCCAAACUUUCUAUCUCCUAUGAGACCUUUUUCCACAAGCCGGGGCAGGAGAGGACCUCCUUUUGUUGGGUCCUUCAACCAGAGAUGUCAUUAUCAGGCACAAAAGAAUCCCAUGGUUCCUUGCUCUCCCUUUCGUCCCCAAAGACUCUUUUCACCCCAGCAACAAUACAACCAGCCUGGAGGUUUUCUUUCACCUUCCCGUCCUCCUCUCUCUACACCAAUGCCCCACACACCCAAACUCAUGCAUCUGCAGUUUGGGACCGACUCCCCCAGGCCUGCUCCAUUCUAUAGCCCAUCCACCAACAUAAUGCAGGGCUUCAGAGCACCAGGUCCUGUUGCCCAGUUCCAUCCCCAGCAUAAGAGGCUUUUGAGUCAACGACAGCAGAGACCUCACAAAAAGCCAGUGAGCUGGGACCCAUAUUCCCAAAUCAUGACCGAUAAAGAGAAGGAAUGGAUAAUCAGGUUGCAGAUGAUUCAGCUACAGAGUAAAAAUCCACAUCUGGAUGACUACUAUUACCAGGAGUACUAUCAGAGGAUAGAAGCCAAACUUGCUGAAGAGGAGUUUUUGGGUGACCGGUUAAAGAAGGAACCACCUAAACUCACAACCCCUUAUGUUACCAAAGCACUCUCGUAUAUCCCAGUUGUCCACAUUGAAGGUUCGCUUGGGCAGGUUGCAGUGUCAACUUGUUUCUCUCCUAGACGAGCAAUUGAUGCUGUUCAUGCAAACACAUCUGAUGAGGAGCACAAAGACACUAGACAGCAAAGGUUGGAGGUGUUGAGCACUAUUGAGAAGUUGUACAUAGUUUUGUUAGAAGUGGAAGAGGCAAACAAGAUGAAGGCAACAGUGUCUGACAAAGAUGAGGAAAGGCAGUUGAUGCAGAACAUUAAGAGGAAGGUGGAUCAGCUUUACAAUGAGCUGCGGUGCACUAAUCUAUUGGACUCUGGAGAGGAAUUUAUUUCCUGUCUACUAAUAUCAAAAGGAAAGAGUAUGCUGGCCAGACUCCUCCCCUUCCUGUCACAUGAUGCAUCACUGCAUAUCCUGGGCGUGGUGACCAAAAACCUCCCAGUAUUGAUGAGCAAAGAUACAGAUGAGGCUCUGCCAGUUCUGUAUCCAACUCUCCGUGCUGUGAUUGAUCGACUUGCAUUCAGUCAGCUAAUCAGAAUUCUCAAAGAGUUCACCGCAACACUGCCUGACUCGAAAGACACCCGGUUAACAUUGGCCUGCCAAAACAAGUUUGGUCUGUCGCUGUUGUAUGCUUUGCUCUCUCAAGGAGAAAGGCUUCUAUCGUCCGACCUUCCUAUGGAGCCCAGUAUUGGAGAUUUUGAGACCUGGACGGACACAGUAUUCCAUGUGGCCAGGCAGCUAUCCCAGACGACACUUGUUGAGCCACUUCUUCUGCCCUCCAACCUGCUAACACUGUUCUGUCGAUAUCUGGACAAGCGAACGGUUCACCAACUAAAGAACAACAUGGAAUCAGCUACAGGAUAUCUGGCUGUAGCAUCAUGAAUGAGCACUGACCCUAUGACCUCUCUACAAUGACCUGAAACGUAGGACGACGCUAAGCCUAAAUUGAACUGGAUUUUGUGACCGACCGCAUUCAUCCAAAAAGUUAUCUGUAUUCUUUCUAUAACCCUAAAUUUCUUUUCUCCUAAUUCUCUUAAUCUUUAAGUCAUUAUCAAGGUCAGAUUUGCAUACUAAUUGGCAAUUAGCACUUUUUUUGACAUGUGGCUGAUAUUCAGUCAUUAAUAAUGACCAUAUAAAGCCAUAUAUGAAGUGCGUCGCAGAUAAAGUUGAUCAUGUUGGAUUUGUGGUCUGCAGGUCUUCAGAGCGAGCUGUUGGGGUUGAUGUAAUUGUACAGUUGCACUAAAGGUGUUUGGUUUAAUUUGUGUUUAUAAAAACAUCUUUUGUUAAGAAUCCAAUUAUGUCUUUCAAAAAGUUUUUGGGUGUUAAUUUGGAUAACUGUUAAUUUCGAAAGUAUGUUUGUGUGAAAAAUGUUUUUGCGGUAUGGUUUCAUUUUUAUUUUUGUAAUCGUUCGAUCAGUGUCAUAUCUAAUAUGUACUUUUCACUGUUGCAGAGCACAUGCAAAUUAAAAAAAAACAAUAAAAAUAAAAAUUUGUAAAAGGAA